AGUAAUCUGAACAGCAGCCGUCAAACAGAGAAAGUCGGCCUUGGUUUUCUGUCUAAACCCAGGAAGUUAAGAACUUUUACCGUUGCUACAGGGAACCAUGGACUUCAUCAUCCAAUUCUUUUCACGCAACCGCUUCUCUUCCGCCAUUGGUAGGAGGAGAACCCAAACCUACCCCUAGCUCUGUUCUGCUCCAUACGGCUCAUCUGAUCGCAAAGCUUCUCAGCAACCAUGCCCGAAAAUUUGUUGGGCGACAUAAUGGAAACUCUCAGCGAGAGUGUCCAGAAGCAGGAGGCUGCGUCAGCGAUUCAGGAGGAGAUAUCAAAGUCAGUUAAUAGCCAAUUCAAUAGGCUAUUUGGGCGCCAGAAGUCCAUCCACCAUGUUCUUGGGGGUGGAAAGUCCGCCGAUGUCUUUCUGUGGAGAAACAAGAAAAUCUCGGGAAGUGUCUUAGUAGGUGCAACAGUUGUUUGGAUUCUCUUCGAAUGGCUUAACUAUAACUUCUUGAGUAUCGUGUGUUUUCUCCUCAUUCUGGGCAUGCUCGCCCAGUUCCUUUGGGCAAAUGCCAGUGGCUUUCUGAACAGGUCAUCAAAGGAAGUCCCUCGGCUUGUCCUGCCUGAUGAGUUGUUCAUCAACAUUGGUCAUUCAGUUGGUAUUGAAGUUAACCGAGCUCUGGCAUUUCUUCAGGAUGUUGCAGUGGGAGGAAAUCUCAAACAGUUUCUUGCGGUAGUGGGAAGCUUAUUUGCUGCUGCAAUCAUAGGUAGCUGGUUCAAUUUUCUGACAGUUUUGUAUAUUGGUUUCAUUGCUGCCCAUACGCUACCUGUUUUGUACGAGAAGUACGAAGAUCAAGUCGAUGACUUUGUGUACCAGGUCCUUGGUCAGCUUCAACAUCACUACGGGAAGCUCAAUGACGGUGUCCUCAGCAGGGUCACAAGAGGACGGUUCAAGGGCAAAAAGCACGAGUAGGGUCAUCUCUUUGUUUAUUUCUUAAGACAGAUCCCCUGAGCUGAUGGAACUUGACUCAGCCGUUACCAUUGUAAUAAAGUACUUCUGACUGCACUGAGUUUAAUAAAUAAGUUGCUGCUGUAUUCUCCAGUGUAGCUA